GUUUUUUAUCGCUGCCUAGCAUCCUCACUUUCUAAGCACCCUAUCCCUGUUAUCAAUCCACACUACUACCAACUCCCACCCAUCAACAAAACUCUUUCAGCUUCGAAAUUCAAUCAAUGGGAAGCAGCAGCUGCGCCUCUUCUUCUUGGCUCAGCCCGCGCGCCACUGUCUUUAGCCUUGGCUCAUCACCCAAGCGCGAACCUUUCUCCCUCUUCUUUUUCUCCUGCAAAUCCACCAACAAUACUUUCACCUGUUGCGCUACUAGCCCCACAGAUGAUUCCUCCUUCUCACCAUCAUCAUCAUCCUUAUUAUCUGCCUCCUAUACCCGUCGGUGGUAUAAUCCUCUCAGGCGCAAGCCUUACGACCACCCUUCUCCUGAAAUUCUCCGCCAUUGGGUAGAAGCUGAUCAAUCACAAGCAUCCCAAGAACAUUUUACGAUGGUGUCAUAUAAUAUAUUGGGAGACAGAAACGCUUUCAAACACAGAGAUUUGUAUCAAAAUGUUGAUCCUCUUUAUCUGAAAUGGGCACAUCGCAAAAAGGUCAUAUCUAAAGAAUUAGUUGGAUGGAAUCCUGAUAUUAUUUGUUUGCAAGAGGUGGAUAGGUAUUAUGAUUUAUUGAAGGUUAUGGAGAAAGCAGGGUAUGCUGGUUCUUACAAGCGGCGCACUGGAGAUUAUGCUGAUGGUUGUGCCAUGUUCUGGAAAGCUGAUAAAUUUCGGAUGUUAGAAGGAGAGAGCAUUGAAUUUAAGGCACUUGGUCUUCGUGAUAAUGUUGCCCAACUCUCUGUUUUUGAGAUUCUUGAAGAUGAAUCAAGAAGGUUACUCGUUGGUAACAUCCAUGUCCUUUAUAGUCCAAAUCGAGGAGAAAUUAAAUUAGGUCAAAUUCGUUUACUUCUAUCAAGGGCACAGAUCCUUGCAGAGAAAUGGGGCAAUAUACCUGUUGUUCUUGCUGGUGAUUUCAAUAGUACUCCUCAGAGUGCUAUAUAUAAAUUUUUAGCUUCAUCCGAGCUGAAUAUUAUGUUAUAUGACAGAAAAGAGCUGUCUGGACAGAGGAAUUGUGACCCUGCACAGGUUCUUGGUCUAGAGAAAGAAUUGAGGAAUCCAUUAUAUUUGAUGGACAGAAUUUUGAAGACUUGCUGGACCAGAGAAGCAAUUAAAGUUGCAACCGGUGACCCUGACGGUCAGUUGCUUACUCAUCCUCUGAAGCUUAACAGCUCCUAUGCCACACUUAAGGGCUCUACAAGAACAAGGGACUUAAAUGGUGAACCUUUAGCUACUUCCUACCACUCAAAGUUUCUUGGUACCGUUGACUAUUUAUGGUACUCAGAUGGUGUUGUACCUAUACGAGUUCUGGAUACUCUUCCAUUUAAUACUCUCGAAAGGACAGGUGGGCUUCCAUGCAAGAAACUGGGAAGUGAUCACUUGGCUCUAGUUUCUGAGUUUGCCUUUACACCAGGAGCCAAAGGAGGCAGCACCACAAGCAUAGCAACAGUCUCAGCUGCAGCCACCUCAUCUUCAAGAGAGGAUAACAAAUCAACAUAAUGGAUGCAUAUUGGUUGGCAUGGACUUCCAGGAUUGGGUUUUAGUCAAUUUGGGAAUGAAAUUCCACAUAUCCACUCAAUCUUAAUAUAUAUUUGUGGGUGUGUGUGGAUGUUUAUGGAUAAAUUUUAACAAUUGUCUCUGAAUUUAUAUCAUUGUAAUAUUACAGUCCUUCAACUUUAAAAUAUAAAAAUAAAACUCCCUAAACUUUCAAAUUUUGCACAGUAAAAUCACUGACUUUCAAUUAUUGAUUUUCCGGUUAGAAACUGAUGUGAACAGCUCUCCAUAGUGUUUUGUCAAUAUUUCUCUCUCCUCUCUUAUGCAAAGUGUAAAAUUAUUCUCUCUACACGUGAAAAUUUAUUCUAUCCAUAGAGAGGAGAAUAAUUCAAUUUACACAUGGCUUGAGAGAGAAAAGAGAAAUACUGACUAAGCUCUAUACUAACAUUAUCUAGGUCAGCGUCUAACUGAAAAACCGGUAAUUAGAGAUUAGAGUGAGUUUCCUGUGCAAAAUAUGAAAGUUGAUGAGGUUUUAUGGUAUAUUUUUAAGUUGAGGGAUUAUAAUGUUAUAACUAGAUAAGUUCAGAGACAGUUGUUAAAAUUUAUUCGGGUGUUUAUGGAUUGCAUUCCUAAGAUAAACAAUUAGUUGAUGUCUUUGUUGAGCCAAAAGUAAGCAGAUGAUGUAAAUGAAUUCAAUCAGUUGAAAAAUUGAAACUUGAAGUGAUAAUUCACUUUAGAA